AUCCUCCUGGACGCCCACCUCCACACACCCAUGUACCUCCUGCUCAGCCAGCUCUCCCUCAUGGACCUCAUUUACGUCUGCACCACUGUGCCCAAGAUGGCGUCCGGGUUUCUAUCUGGGAACAAGUCCAUCUCCUUCAUUGGCUGUGGAUUCCAGAGUUUCUUCUUCGUGACUUUAGCAGGUUCAGAAGGACUCAUCCUGAUGUCCAUGGCCUAUGACCGCUACGUGGCCAUCUGCCUUCCUUUGCACUAUCCCACCCUCAUGAGCAGGAGAGUGUGUGUGCUGAUGAUCCUGGCAUCUUGGUCGAUGGGUGCUGUCAACUCCUGUGCCCACACAGUCUAUGCCCUUCAUAUCCCUUACUGCAGGUCCAGGGCCAUCAAUCACUUCUUUUGCCAUGUCCCGGCCAUGCUGACUCUGGCCUGUAGGGACACUAGGGUCUAUGAGUACACGGUGUUCAUUAGCACCAUCCUGUUCCUUGUGUUUCCUUUCCUAGGUAUUCUGUUGUCCUACGGUCGGGUCCUUCUUGCUGUCUACCGCAUGCGCUCCCAGGAGGGAAGGAAGAAGGCCUACUCCACCUGCAGCACCCACCUCACCGUGGUGACUUUCUACUAUGCCCCGUUUGCCUACACUUACCUCCGCCCUAAGUCCCUUCAAUCUCCAGCAGAGAACAAGGUCCUGGCUGUCUUCUACAUCUUCCUCACCCCAAUGCUGAACCCUGUGAUCUACAGCCUGCGGAACAAGGAGGUGCUGGGGGCCCUGGGAAGAGUGAGGGGGAGAAUCUGCUGUAAGAAAAUAUAG